UGAUGUUUAUGAGUUACUAUCUAUAAAACAAACAUCAUCCCUAAACAGUUUCAUGCCUGUGACAAACAGUGAUUGAAGUUUCUAGAAAAGCAGCUGAAGUUGGCUCCACACACAGCACCACCUGCUGGACAGUCCGCAGGUUGCAGGUGUAGCUCCCAGAUGUGUCCACAGGAGGCAGCAGAGCCCCACAGCAGCACCGAAGCACACCAGCGUUUACUUCCGGUGUCAGCUGCUGUUCGACAGACGAGGGAAAGUUCAAACUAAAUAUCACCAACUUUUUCAUAAAACACGGAUGUAAUGUCUCAUAAAAUGUCCCAACCACCGUCUUUAUUAGAUAAAUGGAUCCAGGAAAACAACGAGUUGGUAAACAAAUGUAAGCAAGAAAAAGAACGAGAUACCAUGAGGCAGGAUCAUAACCAGCCUCAUCUGAGGUGGUGCUCCUAUGAGUUUCACAAGCUUUUAAGGAAAAUACAAGGUAUUCCUCCUAAUACAGAUCACACACAGUUGGAGCUGGCGGUGGUGUAUAAUACCGGUGUGUGCGCUACUGCUCAAUCUCAGUUCUCAGAAGCUCAGUUGUUCCUCACACAAGCUGCAGAGAGAGUGCUGCAGAUGACAGGAGGUGAAACUGGUGCUUCAGAUCCUCUUGUGUGCUGGAGAGCAGUUCUGAAAUCAGUGGAAAACACACAUUUGCAUCCCACUGUCUUGUACCUCCUCUGUCUGCAGUGGGCCAUAUGGCUGGCCACGUGCCAGCUGGAAACUAUACAGGAAUUUCAGGAGAAGAUGUCUUCUCUGUUUGAGACACUAUGUGGUGGAGUAGGAGAUGGCGGUAUCAGCGAGGCAAGGUCAAAGUCCUCAAACAUUCCACUACUGGUGAUGGACCUAAGAAGGCUUAUUGAAUUAUUGCAGAUCUGCACGUCCAUUACACUAGGUGCAGAGAGGCUGACUGAGGGUCGGAGUUCAGAGGCUCUGACUGGUCUGCAGGCAGCUUCGUCCCUGCCAGCUCCCAGAGCUCUAGUAGGAUACACACACCUCCUCUCAGGCUCCUGCCUCACCCAUAUGAGACGCCCUCAGAUGGCAUUGCAGUGCUACAGAAAGGCACUUGAGACAGACUCCCGUUGUGUGUGUGCUCUCUACCAGAGUAUGCUCAUUUACAGACAGCUGGGAAACACACAGGCUGAGAUACAAGCUCUUCGCUUACUGCACUCAACUUUGAUGCUGCCCUCUGCUACAGAUCCUGCUCUGGCCAGCACCCAUCUCCUCUCUCCAUCCUCACUCCUCUGCAGCCAAUCACUGAGCAGCCUACUCUCUGUCCCAUCUGCCCUCAGUGUCCUUCACAGUCUGGCCCUCAAGUGUUUGCUCUAUGGCAGAGUGUCAGAGGGUGUUGAACAUUAUCUUGACCUGCUGGCGGUUCUUCACUCAGAAGAUCAACAAGGACUGCAUACUCAGGAUGCUACAAUACCAAGGUUACCUGAGCUUUACCUGGAGGCUGGCGCUGCCUUGCUCAUGGCUCGGCGACCUGCAGACUGUUUGGCACUCUGCAGUGAAGUCAUUAGCACCACACUGGAGCUGCUGCCAGAGAAAGUGGUGUUAGAAGAGCCAGAAGAAAGAAGAGAGGCUGAGACCAGGGACAUGGAGGGUGAAAAUAGGGUGGCAGUGGUGCUCUGGACCGCAGCUGCCUACCUCCUCCAGGGUCACUGCCAUUCUCACCUGAAGGACUGGAAACAAGCUGUGACUCACUACACAAGGUGUAUCAACCUGGUGGUGAAGGUGCGCUUCAAAAAGAGAGAUUUCCAACCACUGAUCCCCAGUGCAGACAUGGAUGUCAAACAAGGAAAUGACCAGUGUGUCCUUCAGAGGCUGAAGGGGCUUUCACUAGCUGGUAGGGCCAUCAGCUUCACCCAGACUGACAAGCUAAAAGAGGCACUGAGAGACCUACAGCUCAGCCUACAGGCCUUUCCAGAGUGUGUGGGUGCAGGACUGUGGUGUGGUGAGGUGCUGUGGAGGCUCAGCAGGAGACGGGAGGCAGCAGCUUGUUGGGAAAAGACCUGGAGCCUGACCACUCAGUCCUUAGUCAAGAAUCUUCCUGUGUACCUACAGGAACCUCAGUCUGGUCCUUUGUUAGACUCUGCAGAGCUCUGUCACAGAAUACAGGAACUUGGUCCUAACUAGUCAGUCUGGAGACAAAAAGAGAAUGCCCUGUCACUUAAUAAACCGGAUCAACUUUCUCCAGCCUGUAAAACGUAAUCCACACCCACAGCAAACAUGGAUCAACAGGGAGUGUAAAAUAGAGCAUAUUUUAAGAGUUCACAGUGUUUGAAACUGAGAAUGGACACAGUGCUGGUGGUACAUCUGACGUGGUUUAUGCAUGAAACGAUGAAAGACUAUGGGACGUACUGUAUGGGGGUCUGAACUGAGUUGUAGGAAAGGAAAUUGUUUAUGUUAGCCAUUCAAGACUGAUGAAAACUGCUGGUUUAAUAUUUUUACAAUACUUGUUAAUAUCAAGCACAGUGCUUACUACUUCAGAAAAUACAAUAAAUUGUGUUGCUGCU